CUUUUGUGCCAGUGCUUGUGUGAGAUUGUCUGUUUUUAAAGCCACUGAGUACGGGGGUAAAUGUGACUUGAUCUGCCCAUUUAAUUUGUCCACUGCAGUGUACAAGUACAAGCAUGAAAGGUCAGAGGUGUAAAUGUGCAGCGCUCAGGAGCUAUUUUAAGAGCUUCUCACCAGGUCUCCUUUCGCUGUUACAUCUCACCCAUAGUUAACUGUGCUGUGUGCUCUGCAUGAGGUGUUAGUAUUAUCCAGAGGGCCUGUUUGGCCUUGUGAAAGCUGGCAGACUCUUCCUGUUCUUGCACUGUUGGUCAGCCAGGCACUCGAAGGAACGUGAUCUCAUCGUGAAAGUUUGAAGAAUGUUAUACAAUAUUUGUGAUUUAGCUGAGAGAGACGAUUGGCCUUAAUUUCACCUUUUGAGAAUGGCUGGUUCAGUGGCUGCGAUUACCCGGCCGCAUCGGAAAGUUCACAGACUGGGUUCCAUCUAUGAACCUCUUAAGCUUUCCAUUCUCCAGCGUGAGGAUGAGCCCCUAUGGGAGAAGCUGGACCGCUACUACAGUGCUGUCAAGACAACCAUUCUGAGCUACCAGAGUCCCACCACAGGCCUUUUUCCGGUCAAAACAUGCUCCACGUGCAAAGAGGCCAAGGUUCGGGACUCCCUGUACUGUGCUGCUAGUGCCUGGGCCCUGGCUAUGGCUUACAGGCGCAUUGAUGAUGACAUGGGGCGAACCCAUGAAUUGGAGCAUUCUGCCAUCAAGUGCAUGAGAGGGAUCCUCUACUGCUACAUGAGACAGGCUGAUAAGGUGGAGCAGUUUAAACAGGAUCCCAGCCCCUCGAAGUGUCUGCACUCGGUGUUUAAUGUAGACACUGGUGACGAGGUUUACUCCUACAGCGACUACCACCACCUGCAGAUCGAUGCCGUUUCUCUGUUUCUGCUGUACCUGGUGGAGAUGAUCUGCUCUGGUCUGCAGAUCAUUUACAACACUGAUGAGGUUUCCUUCAUCCAGAACCUGGUGUUCUGUGUGGAGAGGGCCUACAGGGUGCCUGACUACGGCAUGUGGGAGCGAGGCAGCAAAUACAACAACGGCAGCACUGAGCUGCAUUCCAGCUCUGUGGGUCUGGCUAAAGCUGCUCUGGAAGCCAUCAACGGAUUCAACCUGUUUGGAAACCAGGGCUGUUCGUGGUCUGUGAUAUUUGUGGAUCUGGACGCCCACAACAGGAACAGACAAACCCUCUGCUCCCUGCUUCCCCGGGAGUCUCGCUCCCAUAACACAGAUGCUGCCUUGCUUCCAACCAUCAGCUACCCUGCCUUUGCGGUGGACGAUGACGCUCUGUACAGUCAGACACUGGACAAGAUAGUCCGCAAGCUGCGGGGCAAAUACGGGUUUAAGCGUUUCCUCCGUGAUGGCUACCGCACUACCAACGAGGACAAGAAACGCCGCUACUACAAACCUGCGGAAAUGAAGCUUUUUGAUGGAAUCGAGUGCGAGUUUCCCAUAUUUUUCAUCUACAUGAUGAUUGAUGGGGUGUUCAGAGGAAAUCAAGCUCAGGUUAAAGAAUACCAGGACCUCCUUGAACCCAUCAUCUUCCAGUCGUAUGAAGGCCAUGCUGUGAUCCCCAAAUAUUACUAUGUACCGGCUGAUUUUGUGGAAGCGGAGCAGAACAAGCAUGGAAGCCAGAAGCGUUUCCCUAGCAACUCUGGCCGUGAUGGGAAGGUCUUCCUGUGGGGUCAGGCCCUGUAUAACAUCGCCAAGCUGCUGGUGGAUGAGCUUAUCAGCCCUAAAGAUAUUGAUCCCAUCCACCGUUAUGUGCCCCGCCAGGACCAGCGCAACGUCAGCAUGCGAUACUCCAAUCAGGGUCCCAUCGAGAAUGACGUUGUGGUUCACGUGGCCCUGAUAGCAGAGAGCCAGAGGUUGCAGGUGUUUCUGAACACCUAUGGCAUUCAGACCCAGACACCCCAGCAGGUGGAGCCAAUCCAGAUCUGGCCUCAGAAGGAACUGGUCAAGGCAUACCGUUUCCUCGCCAUCAAUAAGAAGCUGGGGUUGAGUGGGCGUCCAGAGAGGCCAGUGGGCUGCAUCGGGACCUGCAAGAUUUAUCGUAUCCUGGGCAAGACAGUGGUGUGCUACCCAAUAGUGUUUGAUCUAAGUGACUUUUACUUGUCCCAAGAUGUUAUGCUGCUGAUUGAUGACAUAAAGAACGCCUUGCAGUUCAUCAAACAGUGCUGGAAGAUGCAGGGACGUCCCCUCUUCCUGGUUCUCAUCCGCGAGGAUAACAUCAAGGGGAGCCGCUUUAACCCAAUCCUGGACAUGCUGGCGUCUUUCAAGAAAGGCAACAUCGGAGGGGUCAAAGUUCAUGUCGACAGACUUCAGACCCUGAUAUCUGGAGCAGUGGUGGAGCAGCUGGACUUCCUGCGUGUUAAUGAGGCAGAGAUCCCAGAGUUUAAGAGCUUUGAAGAGCUGGAGCUGCCUAAACACUCCAAGGUGAAGAGACAGACGAGUACGCCGAAUGCCUCUGACCUGGAGCAGCAGCCGGAGAUCAGUGUGGAGGAGUGGCUGCAUAAACCUACCCCUGAGAUCAUCCAGAAGUUCCACGACUCUGACUGCUUGGCCAGUCAGGCUCAGCUUGCAUGCAUCCUUCUCAGGAGAGAGGGACCAGACUUCCUCAUAAGAGAUGAGAACCUGAUGGAUGAACUGGAGAGAAUCUACAGAAGAGCUGGCAGCAGAAAGCUUUGGUCUGUUGUCCGUCUUGCCGCCAGUCUCUUAACUAAGCUAGUGGACAGCCUUGCCCCCAGUAUUACUAGUGUUUUAGUGCAUGGCAAGCAGGUGACCCUCGGUCUGUUCGGCCAUGGGGAGGAGGUGAUCUCCAAUCCACUGUCGCCGGGGGUGAUCCAGGGCAUCAUCUACAGCAAGUGCUCCCCUCACGGUGGGGAGCGGGAGGCUGUUCUUCAGCAGGAGCUGGUCAUCCAUAUCGGAUGGAUUAUCUCCAACAACCCAGAGCUGUUCAGCGGCAUGCUCAAGAUCAGAGUCGGAUGGAUUGUCCAGGCCAUGAAACAUGAGCUGAAGAUCCGGGCAGGAGACAUGCCACCACAGGAUAUCUACCAACUCUCUCCUAGUGACAUCAAGCAGCUCCUGCUUGACGUCCUGCAGCCGCAGCACACUGGCAGGUCUUGGCUGAACAGGCGUCAGAUCGAUGGCUCUCUGAACAGGACCCCUCUGGGCUUUUAUGAUCGUGUGUGGCAGAUCCUGGAGAGGACCCCCAACGGUAUUGUGGUGGCCGGGACUCACCUCCCACAGCAACCCACGCUGUCUGACAUGACCAUGUAUGAGAUGAACUUCUCCCUGCUGGUGGAGGACACGCUGAAGAACAUUGUCCUGCCUGAAUACAGACAAAUCAUAGUAGAGUUGCUGAUGGUGGUGUCCAUAGUGCUGGAGAGAAACCCCGAACUGGAGUUUAGCGACAAGGUGGAUCUGGACAGUCUGGUGAAGGAAGCCUUCAGUGAUUUCCAGAGGGAUCACGGCCGCUUUGGAGGCUCAGAGAAAAAGGAUGAGAUGGAGGCUUUCUACAACACACCACCAGUGGGAAAGAGAGGUACUUCCAGCUACCUGACUAAGGCUGUUAUGAUCCAGUUGCUGCAAGGAGACGUCAAGCCCUGCAAGGACGACCCGUGCUCUGUUAGUUAGAUUUACAAUGCCUCUGACCCCCUAAUCCCAGCCCUCUGCAGUGUAGUCAUCUAAUGGCCCAGCAAGGACUACUGAGUAUCCAUCACAUGUAUUAAGAAGAUAACCUCUAACCUCUUCAGUCCUCUUUCAGCAGAACUUUGCCCACUCCUCCUCCUACAUUUUUUCUCCACUUUUGCCUCAACAGCAGCAGAAACUAUAAACAGAGGCUUGAACUAUAGAUUAGCCAGUCUGUAGUUUGUUCCAGGCAUUGAAAUACACCCAGUAGUAAAGUGUGAAAACAAAAUGUUAAUCAUUGGGGGAAAAACUCACUGGAGUCUUAUUUCUUUUAUUUAUCAGAAUUCUGCACCCUCACUGUAUUUCCUAUUUGAAUCAAGAUUUUAACAGUGUGUAUUGAAUAAAUACCGCAUAACUAGCUUAUAUUGAUACAUAACUAGCAAGCUGUUCUCCUACCAUUAGCUUAACAUUAAAACUGAAAACAGGAGGAAACAGCUAUCCUGGCUCUGCCCACAGUUAAAAAGGGAUGUUAAGCAAAGCUAAGCAUACAGAGAUGAGAGUGAUAUCAAUCUUUUCAUCUCCAUAUCAUCUGUAUGAAAGUGAAUCUGUAUAUUUCCCCAAAAUGUUAAAUUCAUUUCUUUAGUUUUUGGUGCUAGAGAUCCAUUUUAAAUGCUCUGCAUUCUGGUUAUCGGGUAAUUAGAAAUAAUGCUGCUAUGAUCUCUGCAAAAUGAACCAGGCUCAGAUCUAACUGUUCACACUGUACAUUAUAACCCACCAGCAAAAACUGAGUUGUUACAUAGCAAUUUAGUGUGCAAGAGUGAAUCAGUCAGUACCAGGUCACAUUGUAUCAUGAGAGAUGUGGUUCUCAAAUUGAUACACUCGGCUCCCAGGGGCCUUAAGCAUGUGUAGCUCAUCACCUGAGACAGAAAGUGAUUGAUUCUGCUGUGAUUUCAUAUAUGAUUCCUAGAAAUAAAUGCAUGGAUCUUCAUCAAAAUGCAGCUAGGCCUUGUAAACCUCAGUCAGAUUAUCUGAAGGUCUGUGGCAUUAGAGGGUUUGAGAAUCACUGCAAAUAUAUAAAGUUUGGAUUUUUUUAGUGAGUACAAUAUAUUGCUCAAAAUACAUAGAUGUCAGUGUUCGGUGUUUGUUGUACUGUGUUGAGUGUCUCAUAGAGGAAAGCUGUGUCCUCUUACCUCUAUGCAUGCACAGUCUGCUGCAUGACAAUGUGUACUGUUUGCCGUAACCCUGUGACGGUUUCUCUGAAUGUUAAAGGCUACGAAAUAGAGUUUCUGAGAGGCUGUUUUGCACAAUGGGGCUCUAAACGACAAUGACAUAAUGCUCAUCUGAAGUAUGGGGACAGAGGACCCUUUAGAAAAUGCUGGGUUUUUGGAAUGAGUGCAACAGAAACGACUGCUGUGAUCCUUAGGUAUAAAUGAUGAAAGACUCACUCUGACUUAGUUUAAAGUGUGCCUCUCUGAAUAUCAUCACUGUGAUGAAUCUACCCAACCUUGUCACUGUGUGUGUGUGUGUGUGUGUGUGUGUGUGUGUGUGUGUGUGCGCGCGCACAUUGUGUACUGUUUUCAUUCAAAAGAAGUAUUUUUAACUCAAAACUGUAGUUUGAAAGAAUAAAGUUGUCACGGAAACUAUAAA